UCAGAAAUACCAUGUUAAAGUGCAGUUUAAUACCACUCCUGCUCGGUAAUGCAAGAAGCUAGCGAACAUAAAAAUUUUAGCUAAUUUGGUUAACUGGUGGGCGAAGUGGGAUGCACAUGUGUGAUAUGUGACUCGGCGAUUGGAGGCGAGUGUGGGCGAGUGGCGAGCGGCGAGCAGCGAGUGGCGAGUGCAACCGGUGUGCGGGCGUGCGCGUGCUCCGGUCGCGUCUGCGCUUUUUGCUCGUGGCAACACGAUCGCGGUGGCGGUGCGGCGCGGCGCAGCGGCGCGGCGGUGGCGGCGCACCGGGAUUUUAUCCUUAUUUUAUUUAUUCUGUUCUUCGCUCUCUGUCUCGGCGAACGUCCCUGCGACGUCCCUCUUGUAACAUUCACCGCUUAUUGUAACAAAGCCCGUUCCAUAAAAAAGUAUUAUGCCAAUAUGACAGUAAAAAGUUAUUCAUUCUUCGUUCCGUUGAUAGCAGUUUUGUUUUUUUGUGUAGACGAGUGUUAUAAAUAAAUAAUAAUAGUAUCUAUUAAUUGUUUUUAUUUAAAAAUUGCUGUAUCAACUGGCAUUAUGAAUAUCAAUUAUAUAGUGUUUCAUUUAUUUUUUUUCAACGUUAUUUAUUUGGCUGUGGGCGCUGCACCUGAUUUGAAGACUAGUACACAAAGUAGUGACACAUGUGCGGCCCGCGUGACCUCGUGCGAGGCGAAUCCUGCGAACGGUCGGAGGCCGGUAUGCGGCACCGAUGGUAGGACCUACUCCUCGCGCUGCCACCUCAUGAAGGUCCAAUGCGCUGGGGAGCCCAUAACCGUCGCAAAGAAGGGGCCGUGCGGCGAAGGGCAGUCGUCGUGCCUGAUCGCGCUGCGUUACGCGCUGAGUGCGCAAGCGCAACGCGCGCCGCGGCCGCUGUACACGCCGCGGUGCCGCGCCGACGGCUCCUACGCGCCGGUGCAGUGCGGUGCGAGCGGCACCGCCGCCGCAGGCUGCUGGUGCGUCACGCCCGACGGCAAGCGGCUGCCAGACACCGCCGUCAGGAACGGACGGCCCGACUGUACCAGGACUGGUAAGUCGCAUGCGAGACGUCGCUCUUCUAUUCGCGGUCAACGAAAUAAAAGAAGUUGUACUCGCACUGACCGUGCUUUGUUCAACGGGAACUUGAUCAAGAUUUUUAGCGGGGAGUACGAUCGCGUGCGCUCUGAUACCGGGAGUGCUGCGGAGCCGAGGGCCGUGGCUGAGUGGAAGUUCAGUGAGCUGGAUCGCGACAGGAGUGACGCGCUCCAGAAGUCGGAGUACCGAGGGCUGCGGCGGCUCAUCAAAAAGGUGGUGAAGCCGAAGCGUUGCGCACGAGCGUGGGCGCGCGGCUGCGACGGUGAUGGCGACGGCGAGAUCGCCAGGGCGGAGUGGACUGCCUGCCUCCUUGCCAAUCCGGAGCCGCCCGCACCGGACUUCUCUCUCCGCUUCUUCAUGUCAUUGAAUGCAGACGAGGACAGCGGUCCGGAAGCCGAGCCUGACUAUGAGGAGGAACCGCCGCCGGACACCAGUGCAGUACUAGUACAGGGGAUAAUGCGGAACUCAUUCGCGUCUGACGGUUCAGAUUCCGACUCACGCCGGGAAGACGAAGCCAACGACUGUCUGACGGACCGUCAGGCCGUGCUUGACGAGCAGAAAGCAGGCGGUCCCGCGUUGUACGUCCCGGAGUGCACCGGGGACGGGAGGUAUGCACGGGCGCAGUGCUAUAGAUCCACGGGAUACUGCUGGUGCGUGCACCAAGACACGGGCAAGCCGAUCCCGGGCUCAUCUGUCAAGGAUCGCCGCCCAGACUGCGACGCCGCGCCGCAACAUGCUAGUCCCAUGAGAGGUUGCCCGGAGCCGAUGAAGAGUGCCUUUUUGCACGAUUUGAGAAGCUUCUUCGUGUCGAAGAUGACAUCAUCAGGCAACGGCACUGGCCCGGGAGACAUGGUUAAAUGGGGAGCGUCGCAAGAAGAACAAGCCGCCACGUGGACGUACGUGAUGCUCGACAAAGAUAAGGACAAAGCUUUGGAACGGAGGGAGUGGAAGGCGUUCCAUCAGCUGAUAAACAACGUGGAGUCCCUGAGGAGGUGCGGCAGGAAGCUGCCGAGGUACUGUGACGUCAACCACGACACCAAAAUCAGUAUUACUGAGUGGAUGGCCUGCCUGGAAGUGACUCAGGCCUCACAAGGACAAACAACGGAAGUAACAAAGGCGCCGUCAAACCCAAGAAGAAAAGGGCCAAACCCACUGGAAUCAAUUCUGAAAGCAGACUGAACAUUCCACUAUAUACUUUGUGGACAAUUAAAGUGCCAGUGUAAGUGACUUUGUGAAGUGCACAUUUUGACAUUACAUUUGGAGUUACUACGAGAAUAGCUCUGUACUAGAUUAAAGAUGAAGAAAACGGCUAAACAACGCGUAUUAUAAACAUUGCAUGUUAUUAGGUUUUACAAUAUAAAUUGUGAUUUACAGUGGUAAAUCACAAUUUAUAUAUAGGAUAGUGAUCCUACAUGUUGUUGCAGCCGUUUGUCAUCUUGUUAUUGAACUCUGCCUGUUUUCGCCAAACUUUUUGGUACGGCUAACAAUGGGUUACCAUCAAAACAACUAACGCAAAAGUCUAGUGUCAUUGGUCCUAACGGAUUGGUGAAGAUGGGCAAUAAUCUAGUACAAAUAGUUGGUGGAGCCGGCACGUGCAUCGCAAGUAGGUUAGAAAGAACAGCUACACUUCCUUCCCCUAUCCUUUCCUGUUAAUAAUUGAGCGUCAGAAAUAUAUGCAAUUUGUAUUUUAUCAAAUAUAAAAGUUACAAUUUGGUAAAUAAGUACUUCCUUAUUUUCCUAUCUCAUUUGCUGGCGAACCCAGUAUUCAGUAACGGCUUCCUAGAAUAAGAUGUGUUAGUUGUUUGAUAUAGCUUGAUGUAAUUUAUUAUAAAGUAGGCUUUCACUAGUCUUGUACCUUGUAUUUACGUUUAUCGGGAGAUCCCAGUGGGAGCAAUUCGAUGAAGUAUUAUUAAGCAUUUGUGGCUGACGCAGUAUCACGGGAAUUGCGUGAUUACGAUUUACAUUAAGUUUAAUUUUUUGUAUUUAUACCACGUUUUUGUAGCACCUUGUAUUCUACGGAAUAUUAAAAUGGUAUCUACUUUACAAAAAAAUGUUAUUUAUACUGUUUUUUAAUAUAAAAUAUGGGAAUUUUUUCCGAAACAUUUUAAAAUAUGUAUGUGUAUGUACUUUGUACGCUAUUUUUAAAUCAGUGUUUUGUCUUUUUAUUAUUUAUAUUGAAUGUAGAAAGUAAAGAAAUUAUUUAAACCGCUGGUAAAGGGAAUUUAAGUUAUUUUGAAAGCAAGUUUCUCAGUCAAUCCAAUGCUUGAUGAUUCAAAAUGAAAUCCCUACUCAAAAGAUUUAUAAGUGACCGGUGCACUUUUUACUUUAUUAAUAAUUUUAUCUUUUUACAUACUGCUGAUUGUCUCAUUGACCUAGUGGCAGCUGUAUUAAGCUGUGGAACCGACGACAUAAAAUUUAUACAUUCUCAUCUUUGAAAAGUUUAUUUUGAUUAUAAAAUGAAACAAAAAAUCUUCCAGAUCUACAUUGUAUUUAAAAGUAUUUAUAGCUUAAGUAGUCACUUGUCCAAUGUAAAAGCUACAUUAUGUGAUAUCUCUAUCAUUAAUAUUGUGAAAUAAAUAAUUUAAUACGUC